AUGAAAGGAGGCAUCCGCUCUGUGCUUUUCCUGGUGACUGGAGUGAUCUUCCUCAGUGGCCUCAGCUGCCUGGGUGAACCCGAGUCUACAGAUGACAAUGUCAGGACAGGGAAGGAGCAACAGCCCAGGCCCCCACACCUUAUCUUUAUCAUGGUAGAUGACCAGGGUUAUGGAGAUAUUGGCUACCAUGGCUCUGAUAUCCACACUCCUGUGCUAGACCAGCUGGCAGCAGAGGGGGUCAAACUUGAAAAUUAUUAUGUCCAGCCAAUCUGCUCGCCUUCUCGCAGUCAACUCAUGACAGGCCACUACCAAAUUCACACUGGCCUUCAGCAUUCAAUCAUCCGGCCACGUCAACCCCUCUGUCUGCCCCCAGACAUUCCCACCCUACCGGAGCGCCUGGUUGAAGCUGGAUACGCCACGCACAUGGUGGGUAAAUGGCACCUGGGCUUCUGCAGACCAAGCUGUUUACCCACAGGACGCGGCUUUCAGAGUUUCCUGGGCACACUUACCGGCAGUGGGGAUCACUUCUCCUAUCAGAGCUGUGAUGGGGCUGAAGCUUGUGGAUUUGACCUGCAUGACGGAGACAGACCUGCAUGGGAGAUGACUGGCAACUAUUCCACUCUGCUCUACAUAGACAGAGUGAAGCAGAUCCUGAGGAACCACGACCACCAUACACCACUCUUCCUCUAUCUGUCCCUUCAGGCCGCCCAUACACCUUUACAGGUACCUGACCGUUUUCUGCACCCUUAUGAUUCUCAGGGCAAUCGUCUCAGGCGCCACUACGCAGCCAUGCUAAGCUGCCUGGAUAACGGGAUCGGACAAAUGGUUCAGGAACUGAAGACUAGUGGGCUCUAUCAAAACUCAGUGUUGAUCUAUUCAUCUGAUAACGGUGGGCAGCCUCUCUCUGGUGGGAGCAACUGGCCACUGAGAGGUGGCAAAGGAACCUAUUGGGAAGGGGGCAUCCGGGCUGUGGGCUUUGUCCACAGUCCCCUCCUGAAGAGGAAGGGUGUAGUCAGCAAGGCACUGAUCCAUGUUUCUGACUGGUAUCCUACAUUACUAGGGCUGGCUGGAAAUCUGCAGUCCCAGCAUGGCCUUGAUGGUCACAAUGUAUGGGGGACCAUCAGUGAGGAUCUACCCUGCCCUCGCACUGAAAUCCUUUUCAACAUAGACCCAGUGUCCAGGAGGCCUGGGGAGCCAUAUUACUAUGCAUUGGAGCUCAAUGGCUUUGGGAUCUGGGACACAGCAGUAAGGGCAGCGAUAAGGGCUGGCGACUGGAAGCUGUUGACAGGAAAUGUGGGUGACGGAGACUGGAUACCACCACAAGCCUAUCCAAGUGGUCCAGAACGUUGGAAGCGUCUCGAAAAGCGACGCAAUAAGCUGGGGAAGUCAGUUUGGCUAUUUAAUGUCAUCUCUGACCCCUAUGAAAGGUUCGACCUCGCAGACGCACGUCCAGAGGUAGUGAAACAUCUGCUGAUCAGGCUGGCAGAGUACAACCAGACAGCUGUGAUGGCUAGAAAUCCACCAGAUGAUCCUAUGGCUGACCCUGAGCUUCAUGGUGGGGUAUGGAGCCCCUGGUUGGGCCUGGAGGGGCAAGAAGGGGAUAGCGGAGAAGAGGAUAGCAGGAAAGAAAGGAUGACAAAGAUUAAGCACUGCAAAGUAUGUAAAUUAAAAGCCCUCUUUAAGAAGGUUGGGUCACACCUGCAUAGGAACACCUUGUUCAUCUAA